AUGCUUUUCUCUACGCUCCUUACCGCUGCUGCUCUCAUCCGCCUUAGCAUAGCUGGCUAUGUUUUGCAGGAUGACUACAGCUCUGCAAACUUCUUCAACAUGUUUGACUUUUUCACCGGUGACGAUCCUACCAAUGAAGGUUUCGUGCAAUAUGUCGAUUCAAGCACUGCAUCAAGCACUAACUUGACCUCUACCCCUAAUGGAAACGUCUAUCUGGGAGUGGACCAUACCAACGACACUCCAAACGGAAGGCCGAGCGUCCGUCUCACCAGCAAGGCGUCCUACGACAGUGGCCUGGUCAUCUUGGACCUCGCUCAUAUGCCUGCUGGUUGUGGAACUUGGCCUGCUUUCUGGAUGGUCGGACCUAGCUGGCCCAGCAAUGGCGAGAUUGAUAUUAUCGAAGGAGUCAACGAGCAAGCAUCCAACGCCAUGACCCUCCACACGGGCCCCGGCUGUGCCAUCACCAACGGCGGCGGCUUCUCCGGCUCCAUCAGCACCGACAAUUGCGACGUCAACGCUGAUGGCCAGUCUAAGAAUGCUGGCUGCCAAAUCGUCGACUCUUCCACCGUUAGCUACGGUGCCGGGCUGAACAAUAAUGGUGGCGGUGUCUUCGCGACCGAAUGGACCUCCACCGCCAUCAAUAUUUACUUCUUCCCCCGCGGCUCAGUCCCCUCUGACAUCAACAGCUCUCCUGACCCAUCUGGCUGGGGAGAGCCUAGUGCCACGUUCAAGGGAGCCUGUGAUAUUGCUACCACAUUCAAGAGCCAGCAGAUUGUGUUUGACACUACCUUCUGCGGUGAUUGGGCCGGCGCUGUUUGGAGCAGUGGCUCUUGCGCGUCGAAAGCUGACAGCUGCAACUCCUUCGUCCAGAAUAACCCCUCCUCCUUUUCAGAGGCCUACUGGAGCAUUAACUCGCUCAAGGUUUUCCAACAAAGCGCG